AUGCCACCUAAGGCCAAAGAAAAAGGGACCAAAGAUGGGGUACAGAAGAAGAAAAGGAAUGCAGGUGCUGGGGAGGCAGAUGUGGAGGCAGAAUCCAUGCACAGGCUGGCACUGCUGGAAAAGGAGUUGCUCCAAGACCACUUGGCUCUGCGGAGGGAUGAGGCCCGCCGAGCCAAGGCUUCUGAAGACCAGCUGAAGCAGAGGAUACGAGAACUGGAGGCUGAAUUGGAGGGGGCACGGAGUGAAGGGAAGGCCAUAUAUGCAGAGAUGAGUCGUCAGUACUGGACCCUGCAGGAGGAGAUGGAGACCCGCAGCAGACAGCUGGAGGAAGAAGUGAGGGGCCUUCGGGAGCAGUUAGAGAUGUGCCAGAGGGAGGCUGAGGCUGCACAGCGAGAGGCCGAGCAGGCCCUGGGAGAGCGGGACCAAACUCUGGCUCAGCUCCGGGCCCACGUGGCAGACAUGGAGGCCAAAUACGAGGAAAUCUUACACGACAGCCUGGACCGGCUCUUGGCCAAACUGAGAGCCGUCAAGCCUCAGUGGGAUGGUGCUGUGCUGAGACUCCACGCCAGGCUCAAGGAGCAGCUCCGCCAGUUUGGACUCAACCCCCUGGAUCUUUGAGAUUGUGAGCCUCUAGU